AUGGAGAAACAUAGCAAAUACUACGUUUCUCCCUUCGAAUCGGCCAUCGCCCUCGCCAACUGCGUGGUCUGGCUUGUGGCCGCGUACUUUCUCUAUCGCCAAGUCCAGGAACGACGCCAUGAUGCCGCCAGAGCCAGAGCCAAAGCAGCCCAAAUUCAAAGCCGAGCCAACAUGUCCAACCCUUUCGAUGAUGACUAUGACUCGGGUAACGACCAAGCCACCAGACGACGACGUCCGUUUGCCAGCGAUGAGGAUGAGCAUGAGGCUCUGAUUGAGGCAAGUCGCAGAAAGUGGGAAUACGUCAAGGCCAAAUAUGGCGGUGGUGAAGAGGCCUGA